AUGUAUCACGAUAUUUGCGCCCUUUCUCCUGAGGAAAGCUUUAUACGUUUUAUUGAGACUAACUCCGAACCACGACAUUCAGCCGAGUGGCUGGCAAAGAAAAAAAUUGAGACAUGCAUAGUUCACUUCUCUAUCUACGACGACGACGACGAAAGCUGCACUCUCGGAUCAAUCCUAUACACUGCUUAUCGCAGUACUCGGAUCUUUUGUUUUGAUUAUGCUCUUCGCGCUACUGUGGAAUUGGAGAAUCGCCAAAGAUUCAUAAGGGAUUCCGGUGGCAUUCCUGUAUUUCACAGUGUACUCCAAUUUCAGUUCGUACCAGUUGUAAAGAGCGUUGUCGACAAAAGUCAAAGGAACAGUUUGCCGGCUCGGUUUUUGAAAGCAGAUCAAGGGAAGCAUGUGGUUGACCAUCAGCACUUAUGUGAUCCGAAGUCGGAGUGCGCCCAGACGUUUCAAGUCAUUCAAGACCUUGGCGAUGGGAAACAUCGACAGUUCUACCUCCAGCUUCCUCCUGGAACGUCCCUCGCUGAUGUCCAGAUUACUCAGGCGUUGAACACCAUUCCUACAAUGCAGUUCCUGACAUUAGCAGAUUCCAGUUCUUUUGUUACGGUCCAAAGCAACGUGUCAAGUUCAUCUUCUACACCCCAAAGUGUAGUGUAUGCAGCGUCAACUUCUUGUUCAAAACAGAAUAUGCCACAUAAUUCCGCCCCUUUGAUUCAAAUUGCAGAUGAUGAUGAGAUCUCUAGCGAGGCAACGUUCAUGGUAGUUUCAGCACCACUAACAAAGGAAGAGGAGCCACUUUAUGUAAAUGCGCGACAGUAUCAUCGUAUCCUUAAAAGAAGAGCGGCGAGACAGAAAUUGGAAGCAGAAGGACGGUUGCCAAAGAAAAGACAAAAGUACCUGCACGAAUCACGACAUCAGCAUGCACUUGCAAGAGUUCGUGGUGAAGGUGGCAAGUUCGACAAAGGUAACAAAUUACAUUCUAAUGGAACUACAACUGCUCCUCCUUCCCCUGCUGUUCCUGGCACUGUGACUGCCAAUGAGAUUGUCUCUGUUAUGGAAACAAACCAGAAGCGUACGCGUUUCCUUCCUGUUCGCGAGCUCAAACCUCCAACGAAUAGUACUGUACCCAAUCCCUAUGCAGCAGUUGACUGUGGUGAUGGUGAAGAAGUAUUUUAG